AACAUCGUGUGCCAUCUUGCUCUGUAAAGGAACGACAAACGGACGAUGUUAAUGAGGCCUUGGGGAGGGGCGUGCACCUGUCCGUCACAACGAGGCUCCGCACAAUUCAACAUGGCGGCGACCAGGCUGGCUGCGCUGGUUCUCCUCGCUAGUCUUUCCAUCGGCUCGGCCCUACAACACCCUUCCCUCAACAUAGUGAUGGAGUGGGGUGAUAGACUGGAAGAGGAGCUCUACAACAUUGUCAGGAAGUACAGUGGAGUGGAGGAACUGAAAAAUUAUUAUCGUGAUCACCAGGUGAACCUGAAUGUUGUGGAUGUGGACGGGCUGGCACUGGUACAGCAAACAGCCAAGGAAAUCGAUGGUCUGCUCUCCAAAAAGAUGAAGGCCUUGGAGACUAUAGUGAAAGCAGCAGAAGACUUGGCCCUAAAUUACACCUAUGACCCCGACCUGGCGAUAGAGGAUGUCCACUGGUAUGAUGCCAAAAAUCUACAAGACGGAGACCCAAUCCUGACGUAUGAUCCACAGUUCAGGAAGCCUAUCAACCGUACCUACAGUGCCAUCCAUCUGCCCACAGAUAUCUGGAAGGGAGAUCCCAAGAUUGCCAACGAGCUGAAAUGGUCAGACAAGCUGGAUGAAGUCUUCUAUGCCAACACAGUAGAGGACCCAGGCCUGCUGUGGCAGUACUUUGGCAGCAGCAAAGGACCCUUCAGAAACUACCCAGCAUUCCAGUGGGAGAGUCCAGGGACAGUAGACCUGUUUGAUGUCAGGAGAAGGCCGUGGUACAUUCAAGGUGCCAGCUCUGCAAAAGAUAUGAUGAUCCUAAUUGACAAUAGUGGCAGUGUUCAUGGCCUGACACUCACACUCAUCAAGAGGUCCGUACAGGAACUACUCAAGACACUGGGGGAAAAUGACUUUGUCAACAUGGCAUGGUUCAAUACCGAGGCACAUUAUGUCAGCUGCUUUGACACCUUUGUCCAGGCCAAUGUGCGCAACAAAAAGGUUCUGGAAGUUGCUGUGUUGGAGAUCGGGGAUGGAAACAUGUCUGACUUUGGAAAGGGCUUGGAGUUUGCAUUCCGAGCUUUUGAUGAUUUCAAUACAAACUCCACUAGCCAGGGUGCGAGGUGUAACAAGAUCAUCAUGCUUUUCACUGAUGGUGGCACAGAGAGGCCUGUGGAGGUGUUUGAGAAGUAUAACAAGGACAGAGAUGGCAUGGGCAUGAUGACAACCAUCACUCUUCCCGUCUACAACAAGUCAGAAGGACUGGGUUACUUGUCGGAGCCACCUAAUGUUGAUUUCCUUGAGGUGGAACCAGACAACCCCAGUAAGGAAGAUGUGAGAAAAAACAUGAUUGAUCGAAUGUCGGGAGCGGUGACUAUUGAGACUUUUGUCAGGUCACAAGAUGAGAGAUACGUGGACCUUGUGAACAGGACAUACAUCUAUGGUCCCAUGAACAGCACCAUAUUCAGCCUUGGAUUGGUGCUGCCAGAAUACAGACAGAAGAGGAUAGAAGUGGAGAACAUUGACAUACCAACAGGUCGUGAUUACUUACAAACACAGCGCUCUGCACUCUUCAUUGCACCAUGGAAUUUCUGUGAUGAUGUCCUGACAAAUUCCAGCCAUGCUGACUUCCUGCAGGACAUCUUGGAAAAACUGAGCGGAUUUGACUUCCCAGCUGAAUGUGAUGAGCCCAGACUGAAGCACUUGCUCCUAGACACAGUUGUCACCGAAAGACUGGCAGAAUUCUGGAAUAACAAAGCUGUAGACUUCAAGAGUGAUGGCAUCAUGGCGACUUUUGUAUCAACAGAAGGUGGAAUCACCAGGGUCUUCCCAGAGAGUGAAUGUCAAGACUUUGAGGACAAGAGGGACACUUGGCAGCAGACCUUCUUCAGGAGGUCCCUCGACAACGAUUACUUCAUCUACUCAGUGCCUUACAAUUCUGACCAUCAGAACUGGCCAGUGAACUACACCAUCAUGGCCACCUCAUCUGUAACUCUCAAUGAUAUGGGCGGUAUCAAACCAGCAGUUGUUGGAGUGAAGCUUGACCCAGAAAUCAUACUCGGCACUAUGUUGCACAUCACAGAUCAGAACAAUACGGAGGGGAAUACAACACAGUGUCCUUUGGGACAAUCCUGCUCAGAUGUUAUCAGGAGUUGCAGAGACAGUGAGAACCUCCUCUGUGUCCUGCUGGAUGAUGGUGGGUUCAUCGUCACCACUAAUCAGGAUGAUCAAGUGGGAGAUGUUGGCAGGUUCUUUGGUGAGGUAGAUGGACACCUGAUGAGUGAGAUGUACAAUCAGAGGGUGUACAGGAGGGAGGAGGCAUAUGAUUUUCAGGCCUCGUGUAAAAAAGAGCAGCCAAAAGUUGCCAGUGCAGGAUCCAGGGUAUCUUUUGUGCCAAGACUGAACCUUGCAGACGCCCUCAACCUUCAGUGGUGGACUACUAACGCAGCAUGGGCAUAUCUACAGCAGAAUGUCUAUGGAAUCCUGUUCUCAUCAAGCUCAACUAUGGCUGAGGAGUUGGGUGAAGAGGGAAGCAUAGAUGAGAAUGUGAGCUGUGUGAGGUUGCAGCAUGAGUACUACCUUGGACCUACUACCUAUCAAUAUUGGUCUGAUGACUGCGGAAACUGCUCCAGAAAAAUGACAGUACGACAGCUGAGGUACAGCAACCUGCUGCUGGUGGUGGCUGACCCCGUGUGUGACAGCUGUAACAACACACCUGUCAUCCAGGAACCUCAGAAGACAAAUAAUCCAGAUCAAUGUCACGUAACGCCAAGGUACAGGAGAGGCCCUGAAAAGUGUUAUGACCACCAUCCAGAGGAGGAUGCCAGUCACUGUGGAGCAGCAGCUUUGGCAGCCCCAUCGUUGUUUGCCACGAGUAUCCAACUCAGCUUCCUCCUCUUCAUCAUGAAGCUGUUCGGUGCCACAUGACACUAGAGAGCCAAGAACCAGCUCUUUUCUAUCAAUGUUGCCUUUCAAAUGCAAUAUUCCUACUUCCAAGAAGAUUUAGACUAUAAAUUUGACCUCCCAGAGGUAGACCUCACUAACACAAACAGUUUGGAUUUAGUAGAAUGAUCCAAAAGUAAUUUUGUAAUUAGGCUUGGUGAAAAAUAGAGGAUUUGGAAUGCAUCGUGUAUAUAAUGUCUGAAGAUCGAGUUUUGCUUGAACUGUGAGUGUGUAAAGGCUAAGCUAGCAAGCUUUUGGAUUGUAGAGGAAACGAAAAGGUUUUUCAAGUGUAGAGAAUCCUGGCAUUGUUGCCUCUUUAUUAGGACAAUAAUGACCCCUGGAUGUCUACCUCAGAAGGGGCCUGCAUACCCUUUCCCCUAGAGUGUAAUCGGCAGUUUUAAUUCUAUGUAGAGCGUAGAUGGAUCGCUCUAAUUCAACGUAGAGCGUAAUUUGCGCAUUUUGCAUAGAGCGUAAUUCG